AUGUGGGAGCUGUCGACACCACGGGGUCUUCCCAACCCCGGCCCCAAGGGCGGUCGUUGCGUCAAGUCUUUCGAGGGCCACAGGGACUUUGUGCUGUCCGUGGCUCUAACACCCGAUGCCGCAUGGGUCAUGUCGGGCUCCAAGGAUAGGGGCGUGCAGUUCUGGGACCCCCGCACAGGUGCCACGCAGCUCAUGCUUCAGGGACACAAGAACUCUGUCAUCUCUGUGGCGCCAAGCCCAACCGGCGGGUACUUUGCUACGGGAUCGGGCGACAUGAGGGCCCGUAUCUGGUCGUACCGCAGCCUGCAGUAA